AUGUCUCUGGCUAGCUGGCUGUCCUUGGACGUGCUGUGCAAUAGAGGAUGACCUUGAAUUUUUGAUCUUCCUACCUCCACCUCCUGGGUGCUAAGAAUACGGGGCCAUGAUACCUACCAGACGUGUCUUGGCAAGGUCCUUCACUGUGUUGGGUGUUUCAAAGUGUGCUCCAUCCACAUGGGCUGCCCUCAAGCCCAGCCAGCUCCGGCCACUGCAGGCUUCAUCUAGAUCGCUCUCCCUGAGCAUUGCAGACCAUGCUAAGCACCAGGAGGUCUCCCGAAAGAAGCUGCUGUCAGAGAAAAAAUUGAAAAGGCAUUUUGUGGAUCACCGGAGAGUACUGGUCCGUGGAGGGAACGGAGGUUCUGGCAUGAGCUGUUUCCACAGUGAGCCCCGCAAGGAGUUCGGAGGCCCCGAUGGCGGGGACGGAGGAAACGGAGGACACAUCAUCCUAAGAGUUGACCAGCAAGUGAAGUCCUUGUCCUCAGUCUUGUCCCAGUACCAGGGUUUCAGUGGAGAAAAUGGUGGCAGUAAAAACUGCUUUGGACGAGGAGGCGCCAUCCUCUACAUCCAGGUCCCUGUGGGUACCUUGGUGAAAGAAGGAGGUGAGAUUGUGGCUGAUCUAUCUCACCCAGGAGAUGAGUACAUUGCUGCACUGGGGGGUGCAGGAGGAAAAGGCAAUCGCUUUUUCCUGGCCAAUGACAACCGUGCCCCUGUAACAUGCACCCCUGGACAACCCGGUCAGGAGCGGGUCCUCCACCUGGAGCUCAAGACAAUGGCCCAUGCUGGGAUGGUUGGCUUCCCCAAUGCUGGGAAAUCAUCUCUCCUUCGAGCCAUUUCAAAUGCAAAACCGGCUGUAGCUUCCUACCCUUUCACCACCCUGAACCCUCAUGUGGGGAUCGUUCACUACGAAGGCCACCAACAGAUAGCAGUGGCAGACAUCCCAGGCAUCAUCCCGGGUGCACACCAGAACAAGGGCCUGGGGCUCAGCUUCCUCAGGCACAUUGAGCGUUGCCGAUUCUUCCUGUUUGUGGUAGAUCUUUCUUUGCCUGAGCCGUGGACUCAGGUUGAUGAUUUAAAAUACGAACUAGAGAAGUACGACGAAGGCCUGUCUGAGAGGUCCCAUGUGAUCAUCGCAAAUAAGAUUGAUCUCCCGCAAGCCCAAGCCUACCUGCCCCAGCUCCAGGCCCGCCUAGGGCAGGAGGUCAUCGCCUUGUCAGCCCUGACUGGAGAGAACCUGGAGCAGCUGCUUCUACACCUGAAGGUGCUGUAUGAUGCCCACAUGGAGGCCGAGUGGCAACAGGGCCACCAGCCUCUCAGGUGGUAGUGGGCACACGGCUGCCGGCCCUGGGGCCAGCAUGGGACAGGGGUGGCCUGCAGUCGCAGCAAGCCGCAGCAGACCUGUUAUAAAAUGUGGGCAGCUUUGAACGCCUGAGAGGAAGUACUUGAAAAUAUGUGAGUGUGUCGAUUCUUUGCUCUCCCACCAAUUUGGGGCACACCUAAACUGCCCCCUACCCUCUGGCCUAGGCUGACAGUGGCCUGUGCCACCAGGUACCUGACUUGCUCCCUGGUGCUUGGAUUGCCUGUCACCCUUGCUGACUGGUUUGCUGAGGUUGACUCAUUUGUGCUAAUUAACACCUCAUUAGUAGGAGGACAGUGCUGCUGGCUGAGGUGGCAAACAUUGCUGCCAGGCAGCCUGGGCAAAUGCAACAGAGCAGCAGAGAGGCUGGGAGCCUCGGGCAUGGCAGCAUUUAUGCAGAGCAGUCCCUGGUGUCCCUGUGGGGGCCAGGUCAGCCCACAGUUCCGCAGAGCCUCCUUGGUGCCGCCUACUAUGCUAGCAUGUCAGGGUGCAGUGGCCAUGAUCUGUUCUCCAUUGCCAGCUGACUGAGGAGCACCGCCAGGGCCAGCUCCUUGUCUGUUUUCCCCGGAACGCUAUGCUGAGCUCUGUGGGGGCUGAACACCAAGGCAGCCGUGAGCUUCACGACUGAAUGCACCCAAUAUCCGACCCAGGCACGGAGACUCUGGCUGUGCAUCAAGGAUGCGCCAGCAAGUUGUCAACCAAAGGAGAUGUGAACUUGAAUUUCUGGCAUUGUUCCUGAUAGGUGACCUCAACUCAGCAGUGUGUAUGAAACAAUGGCAGGAGACCUGUCCCUGGUGACAGAUACUGCCACCACUCUGCCCUGCCCCUGGCCAAAGGCUCAGCUCCCCCAGACUUACCUGACCUGAGGGUCAGCACCAGCCCUUGCCCCCAGCAGGGACCACUUUACUCCUCCAGGCACUGCACGUUGAAGAGUGGCGCCCCACCUGGUAUAGGCUGGGGACCAUGUGUCGUGUCCCCCAGGGAAGCCGACGCCUUCGUGUGGCCCUGGUGGCCCUUAGAGGUGCAGUGAGGAGACAGAUGGAAAUCGGAAGCCCCGUCUUUUGAGGAGACCCCUGCCUAGAGUGAGGUUAGGCAGGCUUCUGCACACAGGAACGCGUCCUUCUGUAUGUCGGGGUGAGGCUGCUGCAGCAGCACGCCUGCCCUGAGCUUUUAGGGGCAAUUCCAUCUUGAUGUGCAGCUGGAACACAGGGUCCUUUUCCACGAA